CAGUUUCGAAGUUGACUCUGGGGUGUUUCAACAGGAAGGCGGACAUGUUGGCCAGGCAGUGGGAGAAAAUCGGGCACCCAGUAUUUUUUGUGUAUUUUUAUUUAUUUAAUUUUUUAUUUUUUUGAGGAGUAGCAUCGUUACAGCUCGAUUUAUCCGCACGCUCAGAGCAUCGUGGAUCACAUACCUGUUUGGAAAAGCGAAAGCCGGCAUGCGGACUAAGAGAGAUUUAUCACAGCAGGAUUUGUAAAGGAUCGUUUUAACCAGGAUCGUGUUUUAACUCAUCGAAAUUUGUGAGGCGAAGUUUUGUUUUGCGCCACUUCUCGCUGUGCAGCUGUCAGACUCGUCUGGCCUGGCCAGCUUUUAUGAACAGAGGCCUGGAGAAACUUCACUUAAUUUCAUGUGGCCGCAUGCUAACUCUGCAGCAUUGUUUUAUCGCUUCUUUUCGCGUGAAUGUGAUCGGUUUGUGUGUUUUAAAAGAGCCCAUUCCCUUCAUAUCUCCCGAAGCUAAGUUAGCUUAGCGCGGUGUAAUCUACUGCUGCUGCUGUUUGUGUUUGCCAAGUUGUCAUGAACUAAUCCGACACCUCGUCCUGUUGAUGUUUUGUUUCGAAAAUGUGGCUUUUUGUCAUCUCUCGGUGUUGUACACGAUUCAGCGAGGGUCAUAUUAAUGCAAUAAGACACAAAACGUUGCUUUGUUCAAACUAGUGCUCGUAGCUUCGCGAGGGCAGAGGAAGUUAGCGAGUUAAUUUGCUAAUCUUAGCCAGUAACUCGCACACGUCUGAAUCAAAUCAGUUAUGAACAUGUCUGCUGGAGAAAGUUUGACAGCUCGAUUCGAGAAGAUCGAUGCCAUGCUGAAGGACCCCAGAUCAGAGAUCAACACGGACUGUCUGCUGGACAGUCUGGAUGCUCUGGUUUAUGACCUUGAUUUUCCAGCCCUGAGGAAAAACAAAAGCAUCGAUAACUUCUUAAAUAGAUAUAAGGACACAAUCAGCAAAAUUCGGAAGCUUCGUAUGAGAGCAGAGGACUAUGAAGUGGUAAAGGUCAUAGGACGAGGGGCGUUUGGAGAAGUACAGCUGGUGAGGCACAAAGGCACUAGGAAAGUGUACGCCAUGAAGCUGCUCAGCAAGUUUGAGAUGAUCAAGAGGUCGGACUCUGCUUUCUUCUGGGAAGAGAGGGAUAUUAUGGCCUUUGCCAACAGUAACUGGGUAGUACAGCUGUUUUAUGCAUUCCAGGACGACCGCUACCUCUACAUGGUGAUGGAGUAUAUGCCAGGAGGAGACCUGGUCAACCUGAUGAGCAACUACGAUGUGCCUGAGAAGUGGGCUCGUUUCUACACUGCUGAGGUUGUGCUGGCACUGGACUGCAUCCACUCCAUGGGCUUCAUUCACAGGGAUGUAAAGCCUGACAACAUGUUGCUAGACAAGGCAGGCCACUUGAAGCUGGCAGACUUUGGGACCUGCAUGAAAAUGAACAAGGAUGGCAUGGUACGAUGUGACACGGCAGUAGGAACUCCAGACUAUAUUUCUCCCGAGGUACUGAAGUCGCAGGGAGGAGACGGUUAUUAUGGCCGAGAGUGUGACUGGUGGUCCGUGGGGGUCUUCCUGUAUGAGAUGCUCGUCGGUGACACGCCGUUCUACGCUGACUCUCUUGUGGGCACAUACAGCAAGAUCAUGAAUCACAAGAAUGCCCUGACCUUCCCCGAUGACAGCGACAUCUCAAAGGAUGCAAAAAGCCUCAUCUGUGCUUUCCUCACAGACAGGGAGGUGCGGUUAGGACGCAAUGGAGUCGACGAAAUCAAGCGACAUAGUUUUUUCAAGAACGACCAGUGGUCAUGGGAGAACAUGAGAGAGACGGCUGCUCCAGUGGUGCCGGAGUUAAGCAGUGAUGUAGACACAAGCAACUUUGACGACAUUGAGGAAGAUCGAGGGGAGGAGGAGACAUUCCCCAUUCCUAAAGCAUUUGUAGGCAACCAGCUUCCAUUCGUGGGCUUUACCUACUACCAGUUUCCUCGGGAACCAGCUAUAAAGGCAAGUGACAAUCUCAGCUCGACAAAGGAAGAUAAGAGUCAUUUGGAGAAUCUUCAGAAGAGAGUUUAUCAGUUAGAAGAACAACUUCACAGUGAGAUGCAGCUGAGAGACGAGAUGGAGCAGAAGUGCAGGGCAUCCAAUACAAAGCUAGACAAGAUAAUGAAAGAGUUAGACGAGGAGAGUAACCUAAGGAAGAGUGUGGAGGCUAACAUGUCUUUACUGGAGAAAGACAAGAUCAUGAUCCAGCACAGAGCAACAGAACAUCAGAGAAAGGCAGAACAGGAGGCUGAAAAACGAAGAAAUCUGGAGAAUGAGGUGUCUACUUUGAAGGAGCAGCUGGAAGACUUGAGGAAAAUGAGUCAAAACAAUGAAAAGGUCGCUCAGCUGCAGAACCAACUGCGGGAAUCCAACGACCUCCUGCGGGCUGAGUCUGACACGGUGGUGCGUUUGAGGAAGAGCCACACAGAGAUGGGGAAGUCCAUGAGCCAGCUGGAGAGCGUGAAUCGCGAGCUGCAGGAGAAGAGCCGCGCCGCAGAGAGUGUCAAACAACAGCUGGAAAAAGAGCUGCUCCAGCUGCAGACCACGCUAGACACGGAGAGACGGACCUGCAGCCAGGGCUCAGAGGAGAUCAGAGAGCUGCAAGCUCGGAUCACGGGUCUACAGGAGGACAACAAGAACUUGAAACAUAGUCUGUCUAAAGCAGAGCUGGAGAGAAAACAAGUGCAGGACAGAUGUAACGUUUUAGAGAAGGAGAAGAACAGUCUGGAAAUCGACCUGAACUACAAGCUGAAGACUCUACAGCAGCGGCUGGACCAGGAAUCCACAGAGCAUCGCAUCACGAAGGCGCAGCUCACAGACAAAUACGAGUCAAUCGAGGAGACCAAGUCAGCUGCUAUGAACGCGGUGGAGCAGAAGGUGGCGGAAGAGAACACGCUGCGGAUGCGAGCGGAGAGCAGGGUGGUGGAGGUGGAGAAGCAGUGCUCCAUGCUGGAGUUUGACCUCAAGCAGUCUGUACAGAAGAUGGAGCAGCUGAUGAAGCAGAAGGAGAGGCUGGAGGAAGAGGUGAAGGAGCUGCGGGUGCAGUUGGAGCAGGAGUCCGGGAAGCGUGUGCUGGCCCAGAACGAGCUGAAGAACUGGACGAUGGAGGCCGAGCGGCUGAAGGGAUCAGAGAAGCAGCUCAAACAGGAGAUCAACGUGGCCCUCGAGAACAAGCGCUCCGUUGAGUUCCAGCUGGCACAGCUCACCAAGCAGUACCGAGGAAAUGAGGGUCAGAUGAGGGAACUUCAGGACCAGCUGGAGGCUGAGCAGUAUUUCUCAACGCUCUAUAAAACUCAGGUGAAGGAGCUGAAGGAGGAGAUAGAGGAGAAGAAUCGACAAACUCAAGAGGCUCUCAAAAAAGUCCAGGACGUGCACUCAGAGAAGAAUAGUUUGUUUUCUGAGUUGGACCUGACCAUGACGAAGGCCGAGUCGGAGCAGUUGGCGCGCGCGCUGCAGGAAGAGCAGUAUUUUGAACUCUCUCAGGAGCACAAGAAAGCCGCAUCACGGUACAAACAGGAGAUCUCAGAGAAGGACUCGACCAUCACACAGCUUGAGGAAUCCAAUAAAACCCUUACCAAAGAUGCGGAGAUCCUCAGUAAGGAGAAGGCAGAACUGAACGAGAGACUCCAAGCUCGAGAAGAAGAGUUUGCAGCAGCGAAGGAGGAGCUGGCAAGCACAGUAAAGGCCAAUUACGAGAAGGCGCUUAAUAUAGAAAGAACUCUGAAGACCCAGGCGGUGAAUAAGCUGGCUGAGAUCAUGAACCGGAAGGACAUGAAGUUGGACCAGAAGAAGAGAGGCAGCACCACUGACCUGCGCAAGAAAGAGAAGGAGAACCGCAAGCUGCAGCUGGAGCUCAACCAGGAGAAGGAGAAGUUCAACCACAUGGCCGUCAAGUACCAGAAGGAGCUGAACGAGAUGCAAGCGCAAUUGGUAGAGGAGUGCACGUAUCGCAACGAGUUGCAGAUGCAACUGGACAGUAAGGAGAGUGACAUUGAGCAGCUGAGAGAGAAACUGAACGACCUGCAGCUCCGCGUGGACAGCUCCAGCGUCACCAGCCUGCAGCCAGACGAGGUGGACAGUAACAUCGCUGAAUCAAGGCUUGAAGGCUGGCUCGCGAUACCAAAUAGGGCUAACAUAAAAAGAUAUGGCUGGAAAAAGCAGUAUGUUGUGGUGAGCAGUAAAAAAAUCCUCUUUUACAAUGAUGAGCAAGACAAGGAGCAGUCUAACCCCUGUAUGGUACUAGAUAUCGACAAACUUUUCCAUGUGCGUCCUGUCACGCAAGGUGACGUUUAUCGAGCUGAGGCCGAUGAAAUUCCAAGAAUAUUCCAGAUCCUGUAUGCUAAUGAAGGUGAGUGCAGGAAGGAGGCGGACAUGGAGAGUGUUCCUCAGGGGGACAAGACCAACUGCUUGCCACACAAAGGCCAUGAGUUUAUCCCCACCCUCUAUCAUUUCCCCUCGAACUGCGAGGCUUGCUCCAAACCGCUGUGGCACGUGUUCAAGCCUCCGCCGGCCCUGGAGUGCCGCCGAUGCCACGUCAAGUGCCACAAGGACCAUCUGGACAAGAAGGAGGAUGUUAUCGCCCCUUGCAAAGUGAAUUAUGAUGUGACAUCGGCUAGAGACAUGCUGCUCCUGGCCUUGUCCCAAGACGAGCAGAAGAAAUGGAUCGGUCAUCUCGGCAAGAAGAUUCCCAAGACCCCUCCGUCUACCUUCGCAAGGGCGUCUCCGCGCACGAUGUCCACUCGCUCCGUAGUAAACCAGUCCUUCCGCAAGAACCCCAAAAACAUGUCGGGCAAGCCAAGCAGGGCGCAGUCCUUUCUCCAAGCGGCAGACACAACAUCCAGUACAUGCUGACAGCAUCACGCAGCCUCUCCACACCUUAGAUUUCUAACGGUGUAGUCGACUACCCCGUGUUUUUACGGUUGAGCUUAACUGUGGUGACGUGUUCUUUGAAGGGGUGUGCUUUUCUGUUUACUGUGGGUUUUUGUUUACUAGAAUAGCGGAUUCUUUCCUUUACAAACUUAACCAAUUCUGGGCAAUUAAAAGGGAAUUUCAUGUCGCUGGACCGAGGCUCUCAACAGGCUUGGCUUGAAAACAUCCAAUUUUGCCUUCUUUUAAAAUUCUGCUAGAAAACCCACUCUUGAGCUCCCCCUGCUAAUGAAGUGCCAUUCAGUACAAAUAUGACCCUGGAGCACAAAACCAGUCUCAAGUAGCGCAGGUAUAUUUGUAGCAAUAGCCAACAAUACAUCAUAUGGGUCAAAAGUAUUGAUUUUUCUUUUAUGCCAAAAAUCGUAAUCAGUAU